AUGGCCGGCGGCGAUGGUGCCGCCACCGCGGGGGCGGCGGCGGAGGCGGGGAUGGGCCUCGACAUCUCGCGCGCGGGCGGGUUGCCCAGCUUCGAGUUCGCGUUCAAUUCAGAGAGCUUCUCCGACCGGGUGCUGCGGCUGGAGGUCGUCGCCAGCGACGGCGUCGCCGGAGGAUCCCUCCCCGACUUGGCGUUCCACUGCGACGAGCUCCACAAGGAGGAAGCAGAUAGAAAAAGUAUUGACUCUUCUUGGACCAUUGUGCCCGUGCCAGUUUUACGAGUGAAGACCAUUUACAUCAAUUCGUUGGUUCUCGCUGCAAAUAGUCCAUUCUUUCUUAAGCUUUUCUCAAAUGGCAUGAAAGAGUCUGAUCAGAGGCAUCUAACACUCCGAAUUGCUGAUUCGGGAACGGAGGAAACUGUCAUGAUGGAGAUUUUGAGCUUUAUGUACACUGGAAAGUUGACAACAACUGAGCCCAAUCUUCUGCUCGACAUCUUGAUGGCCGCUGAUAAAUUUGAGGUUCUUGCUUGCAUGAGGCAUUGUAGCCAGUUACUCACAAACUUGCCUAUGACCAGAGAGUCUGCGUUGCUCUACCUAGAUUACCCAUGCUCCACUUCAGUGGCUGCUGAAAUUCGGCAUCUGACAGAUGCAGCCAAGGAAUUCCUCGCCGGCAAAUACAAGGUUUUCGCCAAGUUCUCUGAUGAAUUGAUGGACAUGCCUCUUGCUGGUAUUGAAGCCAUCUUUUCUAGUACUGACCUACAGAUAAGAUCUGAAGAUACCGUAUAUAGCUUUCUGCUUGAGUGGGCAUGCAAGCAAUACCCAGAAACAGAGGAAGGGCAGAAGAUAUGGAGUUCUCGUUUACUUCCGCUGGUGCGCUUCAGUCAUAUGACUUGGAGUAAAACUCCAUAA